AUGCAGAAGCUCCGAAUCACUUUCUGGGUGGUGUACUCCUAUGAGCGUAUCUGUGCCUUUUUUACCGGUCGCCCCUCCGGAUUUCUUGACUCACACAUAGACGUCUCGUUUCCCGAGGACCUUCCUGACUGCAAUCGCCAAACACCGUGCGGCGAGCCCAUGAAAAGCUCGGACGGUCCCCUGACGGAAUGCGCAUACCUGAGGGCAAUGGCACAAAUUGGGCAACUGAUAGAAAAGGUCUCCAGCGGUAUAUUCUCUUCAUCUAACUUGCACACAAUAUACGACCAUCGCAAGCUAAACACCACGAUUUUGGAGUGUGAUGCCGCGCUGCAGCAGAUUGAGCGCUCCUUACCCUCUUAUCUACAAUUUGCCAGUCUAAACCGUCCCAAGAGCGAGGUGUGGCGGGAGAUCCAGUGUACACAUCUUGGGCUCGCGUUCCACUUAAUUAAAAUGAUGACUCGUAGGCCCGCCAUGGUAUAUUGCAGCAUAGUUGGAUCUGAACAAAAUUGCGCAUCUGGAUUACCAGAAGUCGAAAGUCUUCAGGCCUCAAUCAAUCUUUCAAUUCUGUCUGCCAAGGAGAUUAUCAAUAUUGCCAGCAGCGCCAUCAUGGAGAGGGCCACAUGCAUCCGAAACGAUGCAUCGGUGGCUAACUAUAUUGUGUCAGCAUGCGUGACCCUGCUUUAUGAUGUUCUAAAUACAUCCGUCACUGUCGAACAUGCCUUGGAUAUCUUCACGUCAGUGGAACGCGGAAUUCAGUGCCUUGAUAAAAUGGAGCAUCACGGGCCAAUUACCGGAAAGGCAUUAAGCUUGGAUAUCAUGAAAUGUGCUAAGGAUGCUCUAUUCCUGUCCACGUGCGAGGUUGAUCUGGAAGAGAACUUAGCAGGCAGUUUUCCCUGGCUCAAUGAUGGAUAUCUCUCUGCAAGGACAGAAGAGCUAUUUAAUUCCCUGGAAGAGCAGAUUGACUAUGCUUCUGAGAUUCCGCCUCAGCCGUUCCAGCAACUUGCCGAAGGGAAUGAUUUUCUUUCGGCAAGCAUUUCCGGCGUCGAUUACAUGUCCUAUUGGCUGAAGGGCAAUGCUACGGGGCCAGAUGUUUCCGACUAUCUAUAUGAAAUCCCACUAUAA